UUCCAGAGCAGAGGAGAGAGGGAGAGAGGGGGAGGUUGGCUCAGGUUUCAGAGACGCGCUCUGACUGACGGACUGACCUGCGGCACAUAGUGGGAGCGCUCCUUGGUGAAGCAGCGACUGGGACAGACGGAGCAGGAAGCACAGGAAUAAGCGCAACGUCCCCGAGAAACCAGGAUCAUCACUGACUGACUGAAGACACUGCACAGAAUGACUUCUAUUUUAACUUUAUUCUAAGUUACUCAACCGAGUGCAGCAAGGUAUCUGCUGGGGACAGUUUGAAGAAGACGCGCAGUGAGGGAGAGGGAGAGAGAGAGAGAGAGAUAGCCUCUCAUUAGCUCCAAAGUUGCAGGUCCUCUUCUGCAGCUCUUCACCAGAUGAGUAUAGGAGAUAAAACCAAAGUUAAAAGUCUAAAAUGGAACAGGAUCAGAAGUGGGGAGUCUGUGGACAAACGUCUGACCAGUGGAAGAGUGGCAGCGAUCAGCAGGAGAAGAAAGCUUCACAUCAGCCUCUCUGGAGGUACUGGAGAGAUUUGACCGGCGUUACGAUUUGCAUCGCCGUGUCCGUCCUGUGCCUUGGAGUUUGCGUUUUGGUUUUAGUGCGCGCCUCGGAGCUGCAGUCCAGGGUGUGGAGUCUGGAGCAGCGGGACGCGCAGUUCUCCGCGUGGAGGGUGUCUCUGGAGCAGGUGGAGCCUUUUAUCCUGGGUAGACUGGACCAGAUCCUGGAGGAGAAGCUUGUAGCGCGGCUACCAAAGACACGGGAUGUGAGAGAAGCUCCACACAGCUGCCUUUGUCCACCAGGUAGUGAGUGGGAGUCCGGGAAUGGGAGGUUUAUGUGUCGUCAGGGAAACUGA